CUUUAACUUAAGCUAAAGUUCUGACACAUUCUCUCGGUGGCCGAUUCUGCGGUGUCCUUGCGGCCAAAGGAUCCGGCCGAGUUUUUUUCUUCUCGAGAACGAAACUUCGAAUUCUGAAUUGAACGAUCGCACGGCACAUCUCCAACCAACAUACGCAAAGCCGACGACACAUCUGAGAGGACACCGAACGAUUCUUUUCUUCCUGAAAACUAUUUUUUUUUUCCGGAUGUCAUAAGUCGAGAGACAGAAAGAAGAAUUUAUCGGCGCGGGGCGAGCGAGCGAUCAUCAUUCGGCGGCAAGAGAUUUCAAGAUCACGCGAUUAAUAUGGGCAUCGGCUUUGUUUCGUUGAUUGUAAUAGCUAUGAUACCGAUGAUCACCGGUAAUCUUGGACAACGUGUCAUCGGCAAGAGGAACACCGUGGGCAACGACAUCCCGAACAUUGACUAUCUCGAUUAUGCGGCUAAAUACGACGAUUAUCCAAUAGUAGUGCCAAAAAGAGCAGCCUUGUUAUUCGACCAGUUGAUGGUGGCUCUGCAGAAAGUCGUUGAUAAUCAAGCGAAGAGUGCGGUUGGAAGAGGUGUGAGCAGAUCGGCGGCGCCUGUUUUAUCCGCCAGUCCGGAAAUCGUUUCCGCAACGGAAGAUCACGCGAUGGAUUUGCAACGACGUGGACAAUCCAAAGGACAAGUUUACUGGCGCUGUUACUUCAACGCUGUUACGUGCUUCAAAAGGAAGUGAUAAUGACCAUCCACAUAAAUCCACCUCAACAUCUCAAAAAAAAAAAAAAAAAAAAAAA